AUGGUUCAAGUGCAUAUCGCUGUGCUUGACACCGAUGUGCCUUGCUACCGCGUGUAUGCCAAGCGAGGUUUAUACAGCUCUCAGUUUCGUCGGCUCCUUCAGGGGGCUGCAAAACGGUUAAAUCAGAGCUCGCAGCCCUUGAAACAUGGGAAACUAGAUGUUCAUGUAACAGCUUUUGACGUGAUUGGGGGGUCAUUGCCCUCAUUGGGGUGCCUUCGAGCCGAUUCAUUGUCUGGUAGGGACCCCUACAUCGACGCCCAACCCAAACCGAUCGAUGCAAUCUUGGUCACCGGUGCCGCUGCAGCGUCAUAUGACGACUUAUUUUGGAUCCCACCACUACAGUCCUUUCUUCAAACGGUGUACACCAAGUUCCCUCUCGUUAAGAUCUUCGGCUCAUGCUUUGGACACCAGCUCAUCGCCAAGGCUUUACUCGGGAGUGAUGAGCAGUCUAUGGGAGAGGAAUCCUCUGUGAAAGUGUGCGUGCAGCCAAUGCAGCAUGGCCACGAAAUAGGAGUUCAGCCAAUCUCAUUAAACCCGGAAUUUGCUUGGAAAUUUCCACCCCUUCAUCGCUUUUUGCCAAGUUCCCCCUUCCAAAUCCAGCUCAUUCAUGGUGAUGCGGUGGUGUCCUACUUGCAAGCCGCUACGGACAGACGAGAGCCGGAUGUUUCCCUCCCGGAACGCUGGAUCAAUGUUGGAAGCAGUGAGCUCUGCUCCAUACAGGGCCUGUACUAUCCUGGCCGCGUUCUCACUCUGCAAGGCCACUUUGAAUUCGAUGCAUUUGCCACAGCUGAGCUGUGUCAUCAAUUUGCUCAUGCUUUUAAGUGGCCCCUGUCAUUGUUGGCGUCCCAUCUGGACCAAAUCCACCGGUCCUCAAGACCUGACGAGGAGGACGAUGAUGAUUCUCGAGUGGCCGCUGAGGUGGUUCUCUUGUUCCUUGCGGGCGAGGAUUAG